AUUUUUAUAUUCUUUCGUUAUAAUUAUUAUACAUCCUUUGAAAGAAAAAGAAGAGGCAAUAGAGAUGGACGGCUAAGAUGUUAACGUAAACAAAGUUGGCGGAGGGAAAAGAGGAGCGUGGAAUAAUUAAACAAAAGAGUCGUGUCCACAUGGGCGGCCUCAAGCUUCGUGUCCCACUUUUGUCCCCUUGCCUCUUUCUUGCCUUUCAUGCUUCCGACAACACUUCUCUCUCUUCCUUUAACCCUAACUUCGAUGCUCCUUUAUAUAUAUCUCUCUCCCCUUUUCUCCAAAACUCAUCAACCAGCUCACCAAGAACAAGAACAAGAAGAAGAAGAACAAGACAAGAAGAACAAAGUACCCAAGAAAACACACAAGAAGGAAACACAAAGAUUGAUAUUGAUCCAAAAGCAAUGGCGUACGAGAAAGUCAACGAGCUUAACCUUAAGGACACAGAGCUAUGUCUUGGAUUACCCGGAAGAACAGAGAAGAUCAAAGAAGAACAAGAGGUUUCUUGCGUUAAAAGUAACAACAAGCGUCUAUUUGAGGAAACUCGUGAUGAAGAAGAAUCUACACCUCCUACCAAAACUCAAAUCGUUGGUUGGCCACCAGUGAGAUCUUCCCGUAAGAACAACAACAGUGUGAGCUACGUGAAAGUGAGUAUGGACGGAGCUCCUUACCUUCGCAAGAUCGAUCUCAAGACAUACAAAAACUACCCCGAGCUUCUCAAAGCGUUAGAGAAUAUGUUCAAAGUCAUGAUUGGUGAAUAUUGUGAGAGAGAAGGAUACAAAGGAUCUGGAUUUGUACCAACAUACGAAGAUAAAGAUGGUGACUGGAUGUUGGUUGGUGAUGUUCCAUGGGACAUGUUCUCUUCUUCUUGUAAGAGACUCAGAAUCAUGAAGGGAUCCGACGCUCCUGCUCUAGACUCUUCCUUAUGAUCCAGAGAAGCUGAGAAUCUUUUGUCUAAAAAGGAGAUGAUGACUAUGAUCGAUGAAUGAAAAACCCUUUUUGGUUUGAUUCGGAUCGGAGUUUGACUAAAGUUGACCGUGAAAGACGAAACUUCGGGGUUUUGUCCGACGAGAGAUCCAUCUCUAGUGAUGUUCUUUUUGUUUUUGUAUUUAGAUUUGAAGUUUGAUGUAAAGAUACAUGAGAUUUUAUGUAUAAUACGGACACAUACACAAUCUAUAGAUGUAUAAUGUAUUAAGUAGUUAUGUCCUAUAAGAUCAUCAGUUUUCUGUUCUUGAUCACGAACAUAAUAUUUUAAAUUUCAGAAACUUAUACACAUUUGUUUAGCCAAGGUUAUUUAUUAACUUUUUUUUUUGUUUAAAGUUUAACCAAGGUUAUUAUUUACUUAUUCAGCA